AUGGAAGGUGUGUCUGGGCAUAAAACUAUAAAACACAAGAAGGUGAUACAAUUUACUGCUAUAAAUGAUAACAAUAAACUCGCAGAAGUUGAAAAACCCAAAGAUCCAUUUGAUGCUCCAUUACGAGAAUGCGAGACACUCUAUAAUUUAGCUUUACGAAGCGAUCUUCAAAAAGCAAGACAACUAUAUCAUAAACUCUUAAAGCACGACUUAAUGCAGGAUUCCUUAUUUCAGGAAUCAGACAACAGAACAUCAUUAUCACAAAGAAUCACUAGAUUAAAAUUUUGUGCAUUAAAAAAUUAUGCUGAAAAUUUAGAUCAUGAAUAUCUUCAUAAUAAAUCAAAAAUUUCUGCUCAAGACGCAAUUGAAUAUUUUCAAAAGAUUGAUUCAACUGAUCAGAGUAUAUGGCUCAAGAUUGGAAAUCUUGCUAUUUCUGAUGAAGUCAACGAUCUCCCAUUAGCAGAAAAUGCAUUUAUAAAUGCACUUGAAGAUUUAAAUAUUUUUGAUAAUUCAAUAGACAAGCCAUUGAAAUAUACAUUUCUUUCUCCAAAUCGUAAGGAAGCUUUAGAAAAUCUAUCUAAGCUAUUAUAUGAUACAGGAUCUUUUGAAAGAUGCCUAAAUAUAGUUGAUAAAGGCAUAACUCUUGAUCCUGAAAAUGGAUUUCUAAACCAAUUAAGAUACCAACUUUUAAAUGAUACCUGGGUUAAACUUAUUUUACCACAAAAUUAUUAUGAAAUUGCUCCUCCUAUAAAAAAACCUAUAAAUUUCAAAUAUAUACAAAGACAUAUUAGAACGAUGAGUUACAUUAGUCAUACUCCGAUGAAUUCAUUGUGUUUUGUUUUAAACACUUAUACAUGGAAUGAUCUUGGAGAACUUUUAAUAAGAAUUUGCGAUAAAAUAGCUACAGAAAAAUGUCAUAAAAGUGAUGAUUCCAAUUUUCCUGCUUCGAGUCCUCAUAUUUAUAUAGAUUUAAAAAAUUAUCAAGAAAAAACUUUUAUAGACAAUGAUAUUAAUGGUGCUUGUCAAAAACGCAAAAGAAAGGAUACAACAACAAAUACUGAUUAUACCUGUGGAAAAUCAAAGGUUGCAAGGUAUGGACUUAACAGAAGAGCUCGUACUAAACAAAAUGAACAAAUCGAUUCGUUUAAUCGUAAACGAGAUGAAGAAACAGAAGAAUUUACAAACAAAAUAGAGUCAAUUAUUAAGAAAAUUAAUCCUGAAUAUUCUAUUAGAAAUAAACAUCCAUCCGAAGAAGUUGAUAGAUUCUUAUUAUUCUUCGACAAGCUAUGGAUGAACCACGUAUCCAUCGAAGAUCAUGAAGCGAUAAUUAAAGAGGCUAAAAAUAACCCAAGAUCAAAAUUAUCUUCUGACUCUAGUUUGUACAUGUUUAUUCCUCAUACAAACCCACCUCCCCCUGAUCCAUAUUUUGAUGAAACUCAAGUUGGAGAAAUGUUUGUAGAUUCAGAAGAUUCAGAUCAAGAAAUAAAAAAGAAAACUCUCUGGCUGUGUCGUUGGCCAGAAGGGUUAAAAGACAUUGUAAGAGAUAUUAUUAACAGAAUAUAUGAACAGUUUAUAGAUAUGUUAUCAAAUACCUGUUCUGCAUGGAAUGGUGACGAUGGAAAUGCAGCAAUAAUGAUGGAUGAAAGUGAAACAUCCCCUUUCCAAAAAAGGAAGCAACUUUCAGAGAUUUUAUUGGCUUUUUUUGAAUUUGCUAUUGAUUCUCACAUAUCUAGAUCAGGAGAAUAUAUAAACGAAGAUGAUAAUCAAGCUACUUCUAGCAUUUCUUUAAAAACAUCUUUAGAAUGGCAAUUAGUAAUAGAAGAUUGUGAAUGGUCCCUCAUUUCUUCAAACUGGAAUUUCUCCAGUUAUUUACUUGAUUUAGAAGCAAAGAUAGAAAAAUCUAUUGGCGAUGUUGGAAAACUACAAUGUCAUUACAAAAAAUGGAAGGAAUGGUCACAUCAAUUACUUACAAGAUAUUGGUGGUGCAAAGGCAAAAUGUCUUUAUUUUUAAAAAAUCCAGAAAGGGCAAUGUCUUCUUUUAAAGAACUUACUUUGCUUACCGAAAUUAAUGAUAUUUUAUUGACAAAUAGUUCAUUUGAUCCAUAUAUAAAUAACACAACCAUAAAUAAUAAAAUUGACUUGUUAGAAUCUCAAAAAGAUUUACCACAAGACAAUUGGUCACGUACAAUAUUACACUUUAUAGACUCAGUAAACUUUUUGUUGAAUUGUGUUUCGGAUAAUAUUGAUGAAGAUUUGGUUGUUCAAUUUUGGACUACCAUACAUUCAAUUAAUGAAGCACUUUCGAAAGUUACUAAUGCCAUAAAGGAUGGUCAAUCUAUAGAACUUUCUACUGCUGAAUAUGAUAUUAGUGAACCACUUAAUGUCCUUUGUAUUCGUGUUUGGAUAUUAUUUUAUUAUAUAUUACGUGGAGCUCCUUCAUAUGUGGAGAAUGAUGAUUUUGCUGAAUUUCUUGCAACUGUUCAUGAUCAAUUAGGCGCUCGAAGGAUUUGUUGUUCAGAUAAUGGUUCAUUUUUAAAAUUUUGCCUCAACACAUUUGCUGAAUUGGAUGCAUCCGAAAACCUUCAACAUGAAUACCAAUGUUGUCACUGUUUAUAUGGAGUUUCAUUAACUAUUGAUGCAGAAUUGCCAUGGGAUCAUGACGUGCCAGCAAUUGAAUUGGAUUUUGAAACUGCAAAAUUAAUUUAUAGAAGAGUAAGAAAUUUUAUAAGUGAAAAAUCAUCAAAAACCUGGGUGUUCAAAAACGAUAUCAAAGAGUUUUUAGACGCUAUGGCUUCUAUAGUGGAACCACCAACAGAUGAAAAAUUAAAAAAAUGUAGCUAUAGAACACAACAUUACUUAGAAGAUGAAAUCUGUUUUUAUGAAGCUGUUCAGUAUCAAGAGCAUGAUCAUUAUAUUAAUGAUCUCGCUGCAAUUUCUUGUGAUGAGGAGAAUGAUAUUUCAGAUCUUUAUUAUUUUCGUGGCAAAAUCUUACACCAUCAAUUCAAAAGUCGUUCAUCAAAAUCAAAUCAAUAUAAAGCGAUUGAAUUAUUGGAAAAGGCAAUAGAACAAUUCACAUUAGAUUAUUACAUCUGCCCAUUAAGAUAUUCAACUUGGUAUGCCCUCGGCUCCUGUUAUGCUAGUUUGGCUGAUGAAUCUUUAACGUGGAAUGCUAUUGAAAUUGUUAAUAGUCAUGCAAAAAUUACAGAAUUUCAAAAGAAAUCUUUUCUUUGUUUUGUAAGAUCUGCUAAAAUUUUAACUUGGUUUCCGAAUCAUCAUGCACCUACUUCACCAACCGAAGAAAUUAAUUUCUGGCGAGAAUUUGGAUAUCUUGUUUAUUCAAUGACAACUGAACCUAUGUCAAUGGAAGCCUUCAAAUUGAAUCCGGAUCAUUCUGACAUCUGGCGUAAACCUAAUCCCAAUGAUUUAUAUGCAUUUGCAGCACAUUGUUUUGGUAGAGCAUUAGAAUCGGAAAAACUACUGUUUAAAAAGUUAAAGGUAAAUGAAAGCAACGGCAAUUCAAUAAUAUAUGAAGAAGAUUGGAGAUUGCCAUACAUGCUUGGAAAGUGUUAUCAAAAGCUAGGAAAAUCAGCAGAGUCGGUACUAUGUUUAUAUAAAUUAGCAGUUGAUAGAACUCCGGAAAAAUCAGGAAUAAUUGGACAAGAAAGACUAGUAGAUACGGAAUAUAAGUUAACAUCUACAUUGGCAAAAUUUAUGAUAACCAGUAAAAUUAAGCCAUAUUUUGUAGAGGAAAUGCUGUCAGAUAAUUCAGGCGCACCAUUACAUUUAAAGCCAUCAGAUAAAGAUCCUGGUAGUUUUAAUAUGGAAAGGCCAGAAUAUCAAUAUGCAUACAAUUUAAUUUCUUCAAGAAUAGCUGAUAUUCGUAAAAUGGACAAAAAUAAAUGGCAACAUCGACCUGUAUUUAGGCAUGCAUGGUUAACUUAUCAUGUUGAGCGGAAAUCAGAAGAAGCCAAAUUGAUAUUACAAAAUCUUUUCCAGUUGAAAGUCACAUCUAAAGCAAUGAUGAAUGUAUGGAAACCAGAAUUUGAAAGAUCAGGAAGACAUUUUGUAUAUGUUCAUCAGUACAUUCGAUUUCUUAUCGAAUUGGCAAGGAUUACUCUUGAUGUUGAAUGUUUGGAGACAAUAUCAAAAAAAUUGGCUAAAGCUUCAAACAUAGUUUUAAAAGAAGAUAUAAUAAAGGUUGAGUUGGAAAAUGCGUUCAAAUACGUUGAAAGAGAGCAUCAAAAGGCCGUGUUGGAUGGCAUGCAACAACAAAACUCUGAUAAUGAAUUAAAUGAACAAUCGAAUAUGAUGUCGGUAUCAGCAUUAAUAUCACAAGAAAAUGAUGACUCACCAAUAAACAUUGGUUUUGGUGAACCAUCAUCAGAAUAA